AUGGGACCGGCAGUGAAGCAUGGAUUCUUUAGAAACCUCCUCGUGAGACUUCUGCUCUUCGGUGUUCUGAUCGUCGCCCUCCGAUUCAUGUAUGUCGUCAUUGUCCACGGCGGGAAGUGCGACGCCCGGGAUUUCUGCUUAUUCUCCUCGCAAGAGGGCAUCACGUUGCCGGACGCCGGAUCCUCCUCUGGGAGCAACUUCUUUAUCCUUGGUGGUGAUUCGCCGGCUAGUCCCGUAUGGUCCAGCAGGGAAUGGCGGAGGACCGUGUCCUACUACUCUACCAUCUUCCAGAACCUGCUUAUGGAGGGAUUUCUCUCGGCGACCUCCAAAUCCCUGUUGAUGGAUGCGGCGUCCGGACAAGAGGUGUUGGCGUUGAAGGAGAUCGGUGUUUCGGACGCCGUGGGAGUUUCCAAGAUGAAAUCCUUGCCGCUGGUCAUCGCCUGGGACCUCUUCAGCCUGCCUUUUGGUAACAACACUUUUGAUUUCGUCUUUUGCGGUCGCCAGACGGUCGAGCGCUCGCUGCACCCGGCAAAACUUGCCUUAGAAAUAUCACGGACACUGAAAACCGAAGGUGUCCUGGUUGUCCACACAUCAUCUGCUGGAGAUGUGUACAGUCUGAAUUCGUUUCUGAGCCUUUUCCCUGGCCACAGAUUAUUGAGGAGUCGUGAGACUGAUGGGUUGGAUUUUUCAGCUGCGCGUGAAAUAAUUUUGCAGAAGGGGGGAGGUAGUCUAACUCUUGGCCCCGGGAGGGAAGAAAGUGAGAAAGCUGAUUCAUCUGGCAAAUGCUUCACUCCGGAGUACAAACUGAAGCUGUUGCAUUCUGCGGAACCGCUGAUUAAAGAGGAACCUUUGAAGCCAUGGAUCACGCUUAAGAGAAACGUGCAAAACAUCAAGUAUCUGUCAUCGAUGGUGGACAUCAAUUUUAAGAGCAGGUAUGUUUACGUCGAUGUGGGUGCCCGGAGCUACGGUUCUAGCAUUGGGAGCUGGUUCAAGAAACAGUACCCAAAACAGAACAAAACUUUUGAUGUUUAUGCAAUUGAAGCUGAUAGGACGUUUCAUGCCGAAUAUGAGUCAAAGAAAGGAAUUACGUUGCUCCCAUAUGCUGCCUGGGUACGCAAUGAGACACUCUCAUUUGAGAUCAAUGGGGACCCAGGCCAGAAGGAUGAAAUCAAAGGGAGGGGAAUGGGUAGAAUCCUGCCUGCUGCUGGAUCGGCCACUGGUUUGACCAAGACCAGGGUCGUGGAUGAAAUACAGGCGUUUGACUUCGCUGAGUGGCUGAAGAACACAGUGUCCAUGACGGACUUUGUGGUUAUGAAGAUGGAUAUCGAGGGGACAGAGUUCGAUCUACUUCCAAGAUUGUUCGAGACGGGGGCGAUUUGCUUGAUUGAUGAGCUCUUUCUGGAGUGCCAUUAUAAUCGGUGGCAGAAAUGUUGUCCAGGGCAGAGGUCGCCCAAGUACCAGAACACAUAUGGGCAGUGCUUGGAACUCUUUUCUCUGCUCAGGAAGAGCGGCGUCCUUGUUCAUCAGUGGUGGUGA